AUUAGCAAUAUAAAACUUGAUACACACCCAAGACAUAUUUAUUAGGCACAAUAGUCGCAUAAGUGUCAUUAUACGGCUUCCAUAUGUUUUCUUGUACUUGACAGGGUGUGGGCAUAAUGAUAGACAUCGACAGAGCUGUACCGGGCGAUGAAUCCCUGGCGUAUUCUGAAAGCGCUACCGACUUGUUAAAAAAUGGAUUUCAAUUAUAUCCGUUAGAAAAGAUUAACUACAUCAAGUCUAUGAGUAAAGCAAGUGGCCAAGAUAUUUUUAAUUUUAAAAAGGGUACCACAACAUUAGGUUUCGUGUUUAAUAAGGGUGUUAUACUUGCUGUCGAUUCGAGAGCUUCAAUGGGUUCUAUCAUCGCCACUCAGAACAUCAGCAAGGUUAUUGAAAUAAACUCUUAUUUAUUAGGUACUAUGGCCGGAGGUGCUGCUGAUUGUACUUACUGGGAGCGUCAUGUAGCUAAAUUAUGCAGGUUACAUGAGCUUCGUAACCAGGAGAGGAUUACUGUUGCCCACGCAUCACAAAUUUUGGCAAACAUUUUCUUUUACUUCCGUGGUUAUGGACUAUCAGCCGGUACCAUGAUUGCUGGUUGGGACAAGAACAAGGGUCCUGAAUUAUUCUAUGUUAGUGACAAGGGUGAACGUGUAAGCGGGAAGCUUUUUAGCGUUGGCUCUGGUUCCCUAUUUGCUUACGGUGUGAUAGAUCAACACUACCGGAGUGACAUGACCCUUGAUGAAGCUGUGGAACUAGGCAAACGUGCUAUUUACCAGGCCGCACAUAGGGAUGCAUAUUCUGGAGGUUACGUUAAUUUGUACCAUGUUCACGAAAACGGUUGGACAAAGAUUGUGGACUACCAGGAUAUCAAUGAGUUGCACUAUUCCUAUUGUGAGCAAAAGAACAUCCCUGGUGAUUCCAUGUAAUUAUAUAGGAUGAUAAACCAAGGGUUAACAUAUCCAUUGAGAGGUAGAGAUGGCGGGAUUAAACGCAUAUACCUGUCUACCAUAGCGUUGCACAU